UGCUCCAAUCGCUCAUCACAUCAUGUAUCAAAGCAAGCGUAUCAUAAUGGUACUGUUCUCAUCACAUGCCCGGGCUGCCGAAACAGGCAUCUGAUUGCAGACCACCUGAAGACCUUCUCAGACGACCGCAUUACUCUAGAAGAUAUCCUCGCAAAAGAUGGAGUGAAGAUCAAGAAAGGC